AAGUUACAGCCACUUCCGGGCCCCGCGUCGCACUCCUCAGGAGAAAAUCUUUUGGAGUUUCCCAUAGUGAAAAUGGCUACCUACACCCUGGCGAAUGAGCGACUACGCGCCCUAGAAGACAUCGAAAGGGAAAUCGGCGCUAUCCUUCAAAAUGCAGGGACUGUGAUCCUAGAACUGUCCAAGGAAAAAACCAAUGAGCGCCUCUUAGACCGGCAGGCGGCGGCCUUCACCGCUUCAGUGCAGCAUGUGGAAGCGGAACUCUCAGCUCAGAUCCGUUACCUCACUCAGGUGGCUACAGGGCAGCCCCAUGAAGGCUCCAGCUACUCUUCAAGGAAGGACUGUCAAAUGGCUCUGAAGCGAGUAGACUAUGCCCGCCUCAAGCUCAGUGAUGUGGCCCAAACCUGUGAGCAGAUGCUGGAGAGCUAAGCCAAGAAAGUGGUUCCAGAGUGUGGUGGGAGACCCUGACCUGCACACUGGAACAAAAAGAGAGGCCUGUCGGGUGAGGUGUGUGGACUGCCACGUGCAUGCCCUGCUAGUCAGCGUCAGCUUGAACAGAGAGGCAAAAGGUAGAAAUGGAGAAACUAAAAUCAAAGCCUGCCCACAGCUGUGUCUUGGCUCCUCCAGCAGGGUGCUCCUGCUGUGCACUUCACAAACUGCUGUGCACCUCACAAAUUCAGGAACUGGAGAUUCAACCACUCAACCCACUUCUUUUUGAACAUCAUCAGUUGCCACACAUACCCUGCCCUGUCUUGGGCUUCCCAGAAACUUGGCCCAAUGAAGGUACAUUCUUCCUUAUUGAAACAGCCAAAACGUAAACUAAAAUUUUUAAUUAAAAAAGAACAAUAACAAUUUUUAAAAAUCCGACUCUGGAGUAUAUAUGGGUGAUGCAAGGGAUGAAGGAAAGAAGCACAGCCUGUAUAUCAGUGUAGCAGCCACUCGCGAGGGAGGAUGGAAAAGCCCAGGUCUUGAGUGUGGGACUGGAAAGAAAAGCUGCUGGAGUGUGAGCAAAGGGAGCCAUCCGUCUCUGAAUGACCCUUCAGCAAGGAAGCUGAAGUCAGGAGUCAUCAUGAGGCAGCAAGGGCCUGGAGCCAAUGUCUACAGAAAGAGGGGUCAGUAAUUCUAAAAGUAACAUUUAGUAGUUUUAAAAAACCACAGAACUUGUGCAGGCCAAUAUGAUGCAGUAUAAAUGUCACAUUUUGUUUUUUAUGUAAUUUUUGCAGGGCUAGGGAUUGAACUUACUCA